GCCUCAGACCCCGCAGCCGCCCGCUCCCCGCACCGGCAGCGGCCUCGCCGCCUCCUCCCCGCACGGAUGCUGCGGGGCGCACGAAACUCAAGCAAAUGCUUCGGUUCCUCGUUCCUGCCUGCUGACCGUACCAGCGUGGCCAUGACUCAACCCAGCUUCCAGGACUGAGGGGCAGAGGUGGUGAGAGACCUGUCUCAGGGUGAGGCCCCACGAUAGAACCGAUGGAGAGUGUGUACUCGGUGGAGCCAGUACCUGAUGGUGCUGGCCCCACCUCGUUGGAUGUGCUCAGCUUCCUGGAUGCCCUGGUGAACAGCACGGAGGAGCAAUGCUUCACCGCCCGCUCCCGCAGCACUGUCCUGGAAGGGCUGCCGUUCGGUGGUGUGCCCACCGUGCUCGCCAUCAACUUCAUCCUCUGGCUGCUUCUCCUCCUGGUCUUCUCCUGCCUUCGGAAAGCUGCUUGGGACUACGGGCGCCUGGCGCUGCUGAUGGACAAUGAUAGUUUGACGUCACUUUUCUACGGAGAGCAGAGUGAGAAGGAGAAGUCCCCAUCGGAGAGCAGUCCCCUGGAUGUCGACAACAAGGAUGUGGGAUUCUGCUCCUGGCUCAUUUCUAUCUACCAGAUGAAGGACGAGGAGAUUCAGAGCAAGUGUGGCAUCGAUGCCACCACCUACCUCUCCUUCCAGCGGCACCUUCUGGUCCUGCUGAUGCUGGUUUGUGUGCUUUCUGUGGCCGUCAUCCUGCCUGUCAACUUCUCGGGGGACCUCCUGGGACACAAUCCCACCCACUUUGGCCGGACAACCAUCGCCAACAUCCCAACACAGGACCGUCUCCUGUGGCUGCACAGCAUCUUCGCCCUCAUCUAUUUCAUAGUCACCAUCCUCUGCAUGGCUCACCACUCCAUCCACCUUGAAUACAGAGAGAACGAGAAGGUUGCCCGGACACUGAUGGUUACCCAUAUCCCCAAGGAGAUCACAGACCCUUCCCUUAUCAUCAAGCAUUUCCAUGAGGCUUACCCCAGCUGCACCGUCACCAACGUCCAGUUCUGCUUCGACGUGCGCAAGCUGAUGAAGCUGGAUGCAGAGAGGCGCAAGGCAAUGAAGGGGCGGCUUUACUUCACCACCAAGGCACAGAAGGAGGGGAAGAUCAUGAUCAAAACCCACCCCUGCGCCCGCAUCUUCUGCUGCCGCUUCUGUGGCUUUGAGCAGGUGGACGCCGAGCAGUACUAUGGGGAGCUGGAGGAGAAGCUCACGGACGAGUUCAACGCCGAGCGCAACCGCAUCACGCUCAAGCGGCUCGACAUGGCCUUCGUCACCUUCCAGGACGAGCGGAUGACAGCUGUGAUUUUGAAGGACUACAGCCACAUUCGCUGCCGCAAGCACCCCCAGCAGUCCUCUGUCACCACCGUGGUCAAGUCACAUCACUGGGGCGUUCACUAUGCUCCUGCACCCAGCGAUAUCAUCUGGGAGAAUUUAUCGGUCCGUGGCACAUCUUGGUGGGUGAGAUUCAUCCUCCUUAAUAUCUGCCUCUUCAUCCUCCUCUUCUUCCUCACUACACCAGCCAUCAUCGUCAACACUAUGGACAUGUUCAACGUCACGCAGCCUGUGGAGAGUCUCAAGAACCCCAUCAUCACCCAGUUCUUCCCUACGCUGCUGCUCUGGGCCUUCUCCGUCUUCCUGCCCUUCCUCGUCUAUUACUCAGCAUUCUUCGAGUCGCACUGGACAAGGUCAAGUGAAAAUCAGCUUACCAUGCACAAGUGCUUCUUCUUCCUGGUGUUCAUGGUCAUCAUCCUGCCCUCGCUGGGGCUGAGCAGCCUGGACCUUUUUUUCCGCUGGCUCUUUGACACGCACUUUCUGGACGAGGCCAAUAUCAAGUUCCAGUGCGUUUUCCUCCCGGACAACGGCGCUUUCUUUGUCAACUACGUGGUCACCUCCAGCCUGAUUGGGACAGCCAUGGAGCUGCUGCGCAUCCCAGGACUCCUUGUCUACACCGCCCGCCUCUGCUUUGCCAAGUCUGAGCCCGAGCGGCUCCAUGUCAAGCGGAGCCAAGCCUACCAGUUCCAGUUUGGCCUGGAGUACGCAUGGACCUCUUGCAUCUUCUCCGUCGUCAUGACCUACAGCAUUACCUGCCCCAUCAUUGUCCCUUUUGGUUUGCUCUACAUGCUGCUCAAGCACAUGGUUGACCGGUACAACAUCUACUACGUGUACAUCCCCACCAAGCUGAACCAGCGCCUCCAUGUCGCUGCCAUCAGCCAGGUCGUUGUGGCCCCCAUCCUCUGCAUGUUCUGGCUGCUCUUCUUCUCCGUCCUGCGCCUUGGUCCCACCCGGCCUGUCACCCUCUUCACCUUUGUGGUCCUCCUUUCCUGCAUCGUCUUCUCCUUCUUUGGCCUCUGCCUGAAGAAGCUGCAACCACGGAGACCCUCCAGCUACCAGAUGUCUGACCAGUCUGAUGGCGCCUUCAAUGAUGUGGAGCGGAGCAGCGUCUCCUCCACCCCCAACUCCAAUCUCUUCGUGGCCACUGUCCUGCAGGAGCCCGAGCUGAGCCUGACACCGGCGGCCUCCCCAGCGCACCAGUCCUAUGGCACUAUGGGCAACCACCUGGAGCCAGCAGAGGAUGGGGAGGACGGGGGGCUGCAGAGCUUUGAGACGGAGCUGGAGACGGUAGAGGGCGAGUACAGGAGUGGCCCCGUGAUGGAGAGCCAGGCCCGCUACCAGUGAGCAUCCCUGCCGCCGGGGCAAGGACUGGCUGUGCUGAGAGCGGUGGACAUGCCGGGGGGCAGGAAGGAGCCUUCCUAGCACCAGUGGGGACCACCUCGCUGGUGGGGUAGGGGGACGACAGAACUGGUGUGAGGGUGAGACCCCGCUGCAUGGGAGGUGGAGGGAGGCUCUGCUGGUCCCUCCUGCUGCCUGGACCGGCUCAGUGUCCCCAUGCUCCCUCAUCCCCACCUGCCUCUUCCAGCUUAUCGUAGGGAAGAGGGGGUGCAGUGGUGUGGGGAGAGGGUGUCUCUGAGAGGCCUUGCUUUGGAGGGCAGGAGGAAGGCUCUGGCCCCUCCAUGAGGGGAAGCAGCUCAGACAGCUCAGAUGAAUGUGUCCGCCACCAUGCUGCCCCAUGGGUCCUCAGUGGCAGGUGCCGGCCGCCCCUAACCCUUGCUUCCUACCCUGCCCACCCACUGCUCAUGGUGGCUGUCCCUCCGUGCCAGCCAUGCAGGCUCCUGCCCACCUCCACUGCCACCCCCAAGGCUUUGCCAUUAAAGCAGGGACUGCUGAGACGUGUGUGCUUUGGUGGAGGAGGUGAGUGCCUGGGGCUGCUCCCACAUCUGCCUGAGCACCAUCGGCUUUGCCCUGAGGCAGACAUCGAAACGCAAGCCCAGAUCUUCCCAACCCUCCCACCCCAUCCCACCACCACACCAUGCCUGUGCCCUUGGCUCCUCGGGGCUGAGUUGGGAGGUCAAGGGAUGAGUGAGUCACAAUGGCUGUGAGGGGAGCUCCUUGUCAUCCCACUCCCCUCAGCAGCCUCCCCUUCGUGCUUACCUUCUCCCUGGGGCUGGCCGUAGGACCCCUGCAUGGCUCUGUCCUAGUUGCCACAGAAAUGGGGCAGGGGGAGCUGGCAGAGCCCCAGCCUCUGGGUCCUGGUCCACCGCAUCCUGCCCUUGCCUGCAAGCCACAGCCACGGGAUGCUCCUCCAGCAGCCGCACCACCUCUUGAGUGUGAGUCCUGCUGUGGUCAGUGUGAAUGCACCAGCUUCUGUCCGGCCGGUAUCCCUGGGGUUUUCCAGCUCAUCUGCAACAGCUGUGGAGGCCUCUGGAGACAAGGACCAUCUCCCACCAGGUCUGCCUGGCCACGCUGGCUCCUUGCUCAGCCCCACUUUGGCCUCGGGGCUGAUUUUCCUGCUCCUGACCUUCCUGCUGGCUUCAGAGUGAUUCCAGCCACCAUCCCAGGGCCAUGUAGGGGGGGAAGGGAUGAUGAUGAUGAUGAUGCAGCUCUGCUGGCGCUGCUGCUGUGGGGAAUGCAGCUGUGUGCAGGCAGGUGCUCGUCCAUGGCACCAUGGGGCGUUACUGGUACCACUGUGGGGAGGUGGAGGGGGCACGGUGUGCCAGCCCAGCAGCGAGCUGCGGGUCGCUGUUGGACUCCAGUGGGCCUCCUGUGGGGCUGGUGGGUCUCAGCUCGGCUGACAGCCCCAUGGCCUCCAUCCCACCCGUGUUCCUGCAUGCUGGGGUGAUAGCUGUGGCUCACUAGCCACUGAGCGGUUGCCUUGGAGGAGCCUCAAGCUCAGCUCCCAACCCCAGAAGGGGCUCUGUGGGGCUUGUGGCUCCUCACCCAGGCUCCUCCAGGGCUGCGGCAGCUCAGCUGUGGCCCUCACUUCCCAGCUGCGGGGGCAGCCCUGGUGGGAGCAGGAGGAUGCCGGUGGCCUCUCUCCGGGUGGAAGCAAGUGCCUGCAAGCGGCACCAUGUCCUCGGGAGCUCGGGCUGCUGGUCCGAUUGCCCUUGGCUGCCCCGCUGUAGGAAUGUGCCAGAGGUCUGUACCUUCUCGUGAUUUAUUGCUAUGACCGUGCCUUGAAUAAAAUGACUUCACCCA